AUGGCGCAGUCAAGCUUUCUCCUACGACAGGCAAAACCUGAAGACUGUGACGAAAUUAUGAGGCUUAUUGUUGAACUUGCUGACUUUGGGAAGAUGGCACACCUAGUCCACAUAACUGCUGACACUCUGAGGAAGGACAUGUUUGCAGAAAAAUCUCUCUGUUCUUCCAUUGUUGCUGAGCUGGCUGGUUCAGAACCCAGGCAGCUGAUUGGCUACUCGUUGUUUUUCCCGAUCUAUUCUACCUUGGACGGAAUGUCCAUGUACCUGGAAGACAUUUACGUCACUCCGUCGCAGAGAGGGCAGGGUCUGGGGAAGAAAAUGUUGCUACAUGUCACGAAGGCUGCUUUUGAUCUGAAUUGUCAACGUUUGCAUCUAGCUGUGCUGAACUGGAAUAAGUUUGCCAAAGAUUUCUAUAUUCGUUGUGGUCUCAUCGAUGUGACGGAAACUGAGGACUGGCAUCUGAUGAGGAUGAAGAGGAAAGAGAUAGAGAACUUUGUAAAAGAUCCCAAAGUCAAAGACUAG